AUGCUCGACGUCGCCGUCGACCGCAGUAAGCACGACAAGACAUCCCACUUGGCCAGUGGAUUCUCCUUUCAUUCCACCAUCUUGAACACAUCUCUCCCACUUAGCUCGAUUAGAUGGCUCAGAUACACGGCCAACCUAGCCCUCAGCCUCAGCAACCGGAAUAUCAAGCGCAGGCUUCUCAACAAUACCCGUCUCAAGCAUAUCCUCAAGAUCCAAGAUACCAAACCCAUCAGCAGCAGCCAUUGCACGAGCACGACUACUCACAGAGGCCCCUCCGAGCCACCUCUUACCCUUACCCCCAAGCUCUACCACCGCAAUCUGUUCAGCUUCCGAACCGAGUGCAGCCUCUUCCCUGGCAGCCCAUCUCUGCCCCAAGCCCUCAAUAUCCUUUACAAUACCCUUCCCAGCCGGUCCCCACUCCCCACUCCCGUCCCAACUCCUGGUCCUAGUACUUCCUCUUCUAGAUCCAAGCCACCUCCAGUCCCAGUGCCUAUCAGUACUCUUCCCCAGGCGCAAGCCCCCAUUUCAGCCUCCUCUCCUAUCUCCCCGCUUACCAGUUCCCGCAGGCCUCUCCCUCAUCCCAAUGUCCGAUUACCUAGCGGAAGCUUUUCUUUGGGGACUAGUGUCCGCAGUCCAAGUCCCGUGAAAGCUACCAUCGCGGCUUUUGCUCCACAGCAGGAGGUCCUCUCUUCAACUCAAGGAGGUGCGUCUCCUGGACCGACGAGCUUUGUACCAUAUUGGAAGCGUAAUCCCGCGGCCCCGAAUGAGACUCCCCAGGCUCAUCAUGGGUUCUCGUGGAAUCCUAGCCAUAGCUCCACAGGAACAAACAACUCGCAGUUUUCAUCAGGACCAGCGCGAGAUCGCAGCCGCAGCGUCAAUACUGGAAGGCCCCUUCCUCUUUCUCCCGCACAACCUCCGAACAUAGCAACUCUUAAUUUAGGCUCGCCAAUCAGCGCCACGUUUGCGGCGAAAGGGACUUCCCAACGUCCGAGAGCCCUACCUUCUCCCGGCUCACCUCCCAGUAGCGGCAAUGCUCAUCAACGCUCUCCAGCCAACGCAUCGUCAGCGGCUAGUGGCGCGGCCUCACCCGUAAGGAGCCUCCCUACGCCGCAAUCGAGCUCACAUGGAUCGGCCUCGCCGACAAAGUCCGCCUUCGCCCGCGCACCGUCUCCCACAAAAUCAGACAAGCCCUUGAGUUUUCAUGCUGACAAGGACGCAACAAAACCUCGGACUCCGAGUCCGCAGUACGGCAUCCGGGACCUCCCAAACCGUUCGGGUCUCAUUGAUCAUGACGAAGCUCGGCACGAGGGCGAAGUGAGGGUUACGCGCCCUCGUCCGGCGCGUUCAUCGACUCUUCCACAGCCUCCCACUCCACACUCUGCAUUUCAGCCUCAACACCGCCCAGCGCAGUCUGUCACACUGCGCUCGGACCCUACCCUCACACCCGCCCAAUCGUCUACCCCACGUUCUCUUGGCCCCUCCGCGCCCACAUCGCCAUCAGGCUGGCCUAGUGGCCUACCGCCCCUGCCUCGCGCACCCGGCUCCGGCUUCACGAAACAGUACAUCGGCGGUCACCCUCCUUCCAAGCGUGAGUAUGUGGACCUCGACGAUGCACCCCCUCCUUCGCUGCGGCGUUCGCCCUCGCCUUCGUCGCCUUCUCGAUCCGUAGUGCCCUUACCCCCGCUUCCUGCGUUCCGUAUAUCCGCGGAUACAAAUUCCACUAAGAAAGUCCAGACUCCACCUAUCCUACCUCCCCGAUCCAGGCCCGUGUCCAAUCCGCCCUCUCCCGACAAAUCCACGAAUCCGCUUCCCGCGCCGGCUUCGGUUCCGCUUCACGAAGUUGCGAACAUCCCGUCAAGCUCCCGCUUCUCCGAGCAUCGGCAGCGCGCAACUCCGGAGCGGAAGGCACGGUUUGUGAAGCCCGCGCCAAGUGUCCCGAAGAUCGCCUAUCCUGGAGACUCGGACAGCGACUCGUCGGACAGCGAUGGCGGGUGGGGUGGGCCGCAGAUCAACGUGUCUGUACCAGAAGUCCCGCAGAUCAGCAUCUCGGGAUCAUCCGACGUGCCCUCAAUAUCGGUUGCGGCUCCGCCUCCACCAAGCGCGGUGGGGGCGGACGGAUAUUCGCAUCUGCCAGCUGCGUCGGGCAAGCGGGGCGCAGGGCUCGCGUGUGGCGGAUGCCAGGGUCCCAUCGUCGGGAGAAUCGUGAGCGCUAUGGGCACGCGAUGGCAUCCAGGUUGUUUUCGAUGCUGCGUUUGCAACGAGCUACUGGAGUAUGUCAGCUCGUACGAGCACGCAGGCAGGCCGUAUUGUCAUUUCGACUAUCAUGAGAAUUUCGCGCCGCGGUGCUACCACUGCAAAACGGCGAUCGUCGACGAGCGGUUCAUCACGCUCGACGACGCGGAGCUGGGCACGCGAACGUAUCACGAGCCACACUUUUUUUGCUCCGAGUGUGGGGACCCGUUUUUGACGCCGACGAUCGAGAGGGGCGCCGGCGAGUUGACCUUCACUGGCGACGGCGACUUUGCGGACUUCGGCGUUGGGUUCACGGUGCACAAUGGGUACCCGUACUGCGAGUCGUGCCAUGUACGCUUGCGGUCGCCGAAGUGCAAAAAGUGCACGAAGCCCAUUCGGGCAGGGGCGCAGGCAGUGGAGGCACUCGGGGGGAAAUGGUGCUGGGAGUGCUUCACAUGCACGGGAUGCGACAAGCCUUUCGACGAUCCGGCGUUUUUCUUGCGCGAUAGCAAGGCAUUUUGCGAGAGCUGUUAUAGUAUCAUCAUCAAGAGCGAAUUAUAG